AAGGGAUUGCCAAUGAUAUAAAUAACUAAAUGGUUUUCCAUCAGCGUAUAUAUAUUUAAAGGAGAAUAUCAAAAGAAAUUAUUAUAAUAAUAUAUGAGUUAAGGGACUAAACAUGAAAGGAAAACUAAUCACGAUGAUUACGGCAGUUGUUCUAAUAUUAUUUCUGGCGACAGUUGGGGCUGAUGAGUGUGGAGACAGAUGUACAUCAUCUCAAGUAUGUGGUGAAGAUGAUGGAAUAUGUUUCGAUAAAUCAGAUCUUAUAACAUGCACUUCGUUUACAUCAAUAUUUACCUCUUACUACUGCAAGAAGGACCAAGCAUGUUGCAGUGAUGGCUGUAUGCCCGCCGGCAGCGUUUGCUGUUAUAACAUUUAUUGUGCAAGUAAUCAUACAUGUUGUUCAGUGAUCGGCUGCUGUCCAUCUGGAACAUUCUGUAGUGGGUUAAAAUGUAUUCCCGACAUCUUUUCAACACAGAAACCUUCAACGGCUUCACCUCGAACAACUUUAUUUAGGACUACUUUAAAACCGUGGACUACUUUUAACCCAUGGACUACUUCAAAACCAGACUACCCAACGACUUAUAAGCCAGUAACAUUAUAUCCUACAAGACGACCCUAUAUAAUUACAAUGAAACCAUCGGCAAGUGCGUUAAAACCCUGGCAAUAUGCAUCGAUUGUGACCAGUGUGCUUGUUGCGAUAGCUGUGACGAUUACUGUUGUAUGCCUCAUACGGAGAAGUCACCGUAACAGAUCAAACGCGCAAGCUCCGCCUGGAAUGAUAUUGACUGCCCCUGCCCAAGUUUAUGGACAGGCUGUAAUAAACAAUGGGACAAGCCAUGGUGUUUCUCCAGCAUAUACAAAUACACCUCCCAAUGGGACAAGCCAUGGUGUUCCUCCAGCAUAUACAAAUAGACCUCUCAAUGGGACAAGCAAUGGUGUUCCACCAGCAUAUACAAAUACACCUCCCAAUGGGACAAGCCAUGGUGUUCCUCCAGCAUAUACAAAUAAACUUACCCAUGGGACAAGCCAUGGUGUUCCACCAGCAUAUACAAAUAUUCCUCCUCAACAGCUUAAUGCGGCUAACAUCGCAACAAAGCCAGUUGAAACUAAACCGGUUGCAACACCAUCGACACAAGUCAACAACAAAACAAAACAAGUAUUUUCAUUGUAACCAGACAUGCACUUCGGUUUUUCAUGAUUACGAAGAACCAAGUAAUAAUGCGUAAUUAGGAGCUUCAAAGAAAUUGUUGCAGAGACAUGUCACAUGUGAAAUCGUGAUAAAUUAGCUGAUUAGGGUGAAAACGAUUGGAAUCCUUGUGUUAAAAAUAUAAGAUGAAAAUAAACAAAUAUAAGUAUAAUUAGUGGUAAGAGUCCUGUUCUUCCGAUUGUUGUAUAUAUAUGGCAUACCUAUCCGGCCAACAACUUACUCACAUUCGUGUCUAAGAUAAAACUUGACAGAGCAUCUGGAUUUCCAUGUCAUCUGUACAGAUAAAAAUAUGCUUAUGAGCAUGAGAUGUUGUACUUUCCAGAAUCUAUCUUAAACAGACUCAAUUUAAUCGUGACUUCUGUUUUCAGUUAUGUGUGUGUGCGUGCGUGCGUGCGUUCGUGCGUGUGUGCGUGCGUGUGUAUGUGUUGUUCAGUGCCUUUGAUACGAAACAGUCUAUAAAACAUAACGUUUAAACAUUGAAGAAUAUUUUUAGACAAUGUGUUUUGAAAUUAUUUUUUUAUGGUAAAUGUAUAACUCUUGUAAUUUUUAUUACGCUAGUUUUAUAAAGUUCUGACAAGUGCCACUGAACCUUUUAUAUUUAUUUUUGGUGACCUGUUAGACAGUUGUCAUUUUGUUAUAUGUAUUUCAACAUGUUUUGUUUGUACACGUUAAAUAUGUUUAUAUUUUUAAGAUGUUUAUUUUAUAUUUUUUACUAUGUUGUUUAUUAAAGAUAGUUAUUUUUUUA